ACUCCUUUUAGUUUUGGCAUGAAUCAUAAGACACCACCCUACCCCGCUGGGGAUUAUUGUCUUCUAUGCAGAAGUGAACGGAAAGACUCUUCAUUCUUAGAGAGUGGCGUUAAGACUGCGAGCAAAUUGGCCCUUUCCAUGGCUCCCAAGGGCAACAGCGUGCUGCACCUGCCGCUGUGGGUGUGCCCAGACUGCCGGAGGACCGUGGAGAAGGAGGAGAGGCACAGCGGUCUUGACCAGCCGGGCCAAGAUUUUCUUCUUCACUCACCAUUGGGCGGCUCUCAGCCAGAUGCCAGUGGUGCCGGGAGGCUGGCCCUGGGAACACAGACAAUGACCUCGACAGGGCUGGGUACCACGCCCUCAGAUACCACCUGCUCCUGUGAAGCCUGCAGUGAGCGCAGAGACAUCUCAGCAGAGACAGACCGGGAACCACAGCAGCUGCAGAACUAUUGGUCAGAAGUACGCUACAUGGUCCGCUGCAUAUACCGACAGGCAGGGACGCCACUGGCAGAAGAUCAGGACCAGUCUCUGGUUCCCGACAAGGAGGGAGUGAAAGAGCUCGUGGAUAGACUCUGUGAGCGGGACCCUUACCAGCUCUACCAGCGGUUGGAGCAGCAAGCCCGGGAGUAUGUGCUGGAGAUGAAGGUCCGCCUGCUCCGACAGCUGUCAGCUGCAGCGAAGGCUAAGGCGCCGUCUGGCUUGCAGGGUCCACCACAGGCACAUCACUUCAUCUCCUUACUACUGGAGGAGUAUGGCGCCCUCUGCCAGGCAGCACGCUCCAUCAGUACAUUUCUUGGCACUCUGGAAAAUGAACACUUGAAAAAGUUCCAGGUGACAUGGGAACUGCAUAAUAAACACCUGUUUGAAAAUCUGGUCUUUUCAGAGCCUCUUCUCCAGAGCAACUUGCCUGCACUGGUGUCACAAAUCAGGCUAGGAACCACCACACAUGACACCUGCAAUGAGGACACGUACAGCACAUUGCUGCAGCGGUACCAGCGCUCUGAGGAAGAGCUACGCAGAGUUGCCGAGGAGUGGCUGGAGUGUCAGAAGAGGAUCGAUGCCUAUGUGGAUGAACAGAUGACCGUGAAAACCAAGCAGCAUAUGUUAACGGAAGACUGGGAGAUCUUUAAGCAGAGACGAUUCAUUGAAGAACAGUUAACUAAUAAGAAAGCGGUUACUGGUGAGAACAACUUCACAGAUACCAUGAGGCACAUGUUAUCAUCCCGGCUGAGCAUGCCUGACUGCCCGAACUGCACCUACAGGAGAAGAUGUGCUUGUGAUGACUGCAGCCUCUCACACAUCCUCACUUGUGGUAUCAUGGACCCCCCCGUCACUGACGACAUCCACAUUCACCAACUACCACUCCAAGUGGAUUCUGCUCCCGACUAUCUCUCUGAGAUGCGCCCACCUAGUGUGUCAUCAGCAAGCUCAGGGUCAGGUUCCAGCUCUCCCAUCACAGUUCAGCAACAUCCCAGACUCAUCCUCACAGACAAUGGCUCUGCACCAACUUUUUGUAGUGAUGAUGAGGACAUUGCACCGCUGUCAGCUAAGUUUGCUGAUAUUUAUCCACUGACCAACUACGACGAUACCAGUGUGGUGGCCAACAUGAAUGGAAUCCAUAAUGAGCUGAACGGUGGUGGGGAGAACAUGGCCCUGAAAGAUGAGUCCCCUCAGGUCAGCAGCACCAGUAGCAGCUCUUCAGAAGCUGAUGAUGAAGAGGCAGAUGGAGAGAGUAGUGGGGAGCCCCCUGGGGCCCCUAAAGAAGAUGAGGCCCUAGGAAAUGGCAUCCCCUGUUCAGAGGAGAGUAAAGUGGACGCUCCACCCCCUUCUUACCCAGCUCAGCAGGCUGAACAAACUCCGAACACUUGUGAAUGUCAUGUUUGUAAACAGGAAGCUUCUGGGCUGCCAGCAUCGGCAAUGACUGCAGGAGCCCUGCCUCCUGGCCAUCAGUUCCUGAGCCCAGAGAAGCCCACACACCCCGCGCUGCACCUGUACCCCCACAUCCACGGACAUGUGCCCUUGCACACAGUCCCACACCUGCCUCGGCCACUCAUCCACCCCACUUUGUAUACAGCGCCCCCCUUCACGCAUAGUAAGGCUUUACCGCCAGCACCUGUUCAGAAUCACACAAAUAAGCAUCAGGUAUUCAAUGCAUCUCUUCAAGACCAUAUUUAUCCAAGCUGUUUUGGGAAUACUCCAGAGUGGAAUAGUUCUAAAUUUAUAAGUCUUUGGGGAUCAGAAGUGAUGAAUGAUAAGAACUGGAACCCUGGCACUUUCUUGCCAGAUACAAUUUCUGGGAGUGAUAUACUGGGGCCAGCCCUCUCAGAAACAAGACCCGAAGCCCUUCCACCUCCACCCAGCAGUGAAGCUCCUGCAGUGUCAGAUAGCAAAGAGAAGAAAAAUGCUGCGAAAAAGAAGUGUUUGUACAGUUUCCAAGAUGCUUUUAUGGAAGCAAAUGACGUUGCCAUGGCCAACACUGUCGCCAUGGCUACCUCCUCGGCCACAUCCUCGGUGUCAUGCACGGCCACCACAGUGCAGUCCAGCAGCAGUCAGUUCAAGGUGUCAUCCAGAAGACCACCUUCCAUAGGUGAUGUCUUUCACGGCCUCAACAAGGAGGACCACAGACACUCAGCACCUGCUGCUCCAAGGAACAGCCCCACGGGCCUGGCCCCGCUCCCAGCCUUGUCUCCUGCUUCACUCUCUCCAGCUUCCACGCCUCACCUUCCGAAUCUUACUGCCCCGUCAUUCCCCAAAACAGUAACCACCGCCCCUGGGUUUGUGGAUGCACGCAAGAGCUUCUGUCCUACUCCUGUGGCACCCGCACCCUCCACCACAGAUGGCUCCGUCAGUGCCCCUCCCAGCGUCUGCAGUGACCCUGACUGUGAAGGACACCGCUGCGAGAACGGUGUCUAUGACCCACAGCAGGAUGAUGGGGAUGAGAGUGCGGAUGAGGACAGCUGCUCUGAGCACAGCUCCAGCACUUCGACUUCCACUAACCAGAGGGAGGGCAAGUACUGUGACUGCUGCUACUGCGAGUUCUUCGGACACGGCGGGCCUCCAGCUGCACCAACAAGUAGAAACUAUGCAGAAAUGAGGGAAAAACUUCGUUUACGGCUGACCAAGAGGAAGGAAGAGCAACCCAAGAAAAUGGACCAGAUCUCAGAACGUGAAGGUGUAGUUGACCAUCGGAGAGUAGAGGAUCUGUUACAGUUUAUAAACAGCUCAGAGACCAAGCCAGUUAGCAGUACUCGGGCAGCCAAGCGAGCCAGGCACAAGCAGAGAAAGCUGGAGGAGAAGGCACGCCUGGAAGCUGAGGCCAGGGCACGGGAGCAUCUGCACCUCCAGGAGGAGCAGAGGCGGCGGGAAGAGGAAGAAGAGGAGGAGGAGGAGGAGGAGGAGGAGGAGGAGCAACGUUUCAAGGAGGAAUUUCAGCGACUUCAGGAGCUUCAGAAGCUAAGAGCUGUGAAGAAGAAGAAAAAGGACAGGCCGAGCAAAGACUGUCCCAAGCUGGACAUGCUCGCCAGGAAUUUUCAGGCAGUAACAGAGUCUGUCUCUAACUCUGAAAACCUCCACAAUGGCUCAGUAGAACAAGCCGAAGAACCAGAAACCUCAUCUCACUCCCCAUCCAGACACGCAAACCACUCAGAGCCCAGGCCGGGGCCCACAGCAAACGGGGACACCCCAGACCCUGUGGACCCCAGAGACUCUAAGCUUCUCCUCCCCAAGGAGGUCAGAGGGAAGCAACACGAGCCACUUGCAUUUCUCUUGGACAUGAUGCAUCAUCACAAGGAGGGAAGCAGCAAACAGAAACUAAAGCAGAUGAGCAAGGCCAGCAGUGAGCCAGCCAGAAAGCCCGUGGAGCCUCCCAGAACCCUGGAGCCCCCUAGAUCCGUGGAGCCCCCCAGAACCAUGGAGCUGCAGCCCAAGCCCAGGGCCCAGCCUGAGUUCAAGGCUAAAGUGAUUGACCUCACUCCCCUCACAGAGCAGAAGAGAGAGGAGAGGAAAGGCAACAGUAACAACAACAACAAGAAGCAGCUGAGCCAUGCCAGGGAGGAGAAGCCCCUACCUGGCACCCCCGAGCCGCCCUCCCCCAGCCAGCCUCUGCAGAACGGUAGGCUGGUUCUGGCCGACUCUCCUCAGCCCAAGGGCAAGAACAAGAAAAACAAGAAGAAGAAAGGAGACCGAGCCAGCAGUUCAAUCGAUGAUGUCUUUCUGCCUAAAGAUAUCGACCUGGAUAGUGUGGACAUGGAUGAGACAGAGCGGGAAGUGGAGUAUUUCAAAAGGUUUUGCUUGGACUCCGCUAGACAGAACCGACAAAGACUGUCCAUCAACUGGUCCAACUUUAGCUUGAAGAAAGCCACCUUUGCUGCCCACUGAAUGAGGACUGCCUGGAGAAGGAUCUAUGAGAGGCAGCUGGGCUGCGCCACCCCAAGAGCCAAGCCCCUCACUGGUCCCCCCAGAGCUGCGGUGCCCACCCAGGGCGUGUGGGGCGGGAUGCCGUGGCCUCAGACCCCCAGACCGAGAACUUGCUGCUCGACCUGCAUUGUUAGCUCGUGUGCGUGUAGUCUGUGAGUGAGACUUCUUCGAUUGUAGCCCUGUGCUGUCGGAAUGGAACAUGGAACAGUAGUUCCCACCAAUUCCUCCACCACCAUGGCCUCAGAGGCCUGGGCCAUGGCCAGAGAAGAGUUUGCAUCAUCCACGUGGCUCUGUUGCCUCUGCAUCUCACCCUGUCCUGUCAUCUGUCCCUGCCGGGGUGUCAGCCAUCCCUCCGCUCCCGUGUGCCCUGUGUCCCACCCAAGGCGGGCUGGGCGGGCAGGCCUCCUUCGUCCUCCACGAUCUACUGUUUCUGAGUGUACACGUUGCGCUGUUUGUGUUUGACCCCUUGACUUGUAGCCAGCUUGUGUAAGACCCCUUGCAGAAUGAGAACGUUAAAAACAAGAAACCCACCCAGUACUCACACCAUCAAGUCUGUUCUAGAGCGUACAACCGUAUUAACACGGAGGCCUGCCUGGCUACUUUUUUAACAUAUUGUUAAGUAAUAUUAAAAUCAUGUCUUUCUUUUUGAAAGAUGGAAUACAUUAGUACAGCAGGA